AUGUCCUGCGCCGAAUAUGACGAUUCGACGUACGACUGGACGGAACCCGACGACAUGAAUAUUUUCCCGCGCGAUGUAUGGCCGCAGGAGACGUACUAUGUGCCUGGGUGCAAGAUGACCGACCUUGUGCCAUCGCUAUUGGUACGCUUCGCGGCGCAGCAAGCAAGCCGCAGGCUUAUGGGCGCGGUCGAGGCCGGGACGUUGCAGAAUGUCAAGAGUGUGGACUUUGACAUGGCUGUCCUGGACGUCGUGAUUAUGCUUAACGAUCAAGUCCGCUCGGAAUGUGUCCUUGCCCAUACGACCCUUACGGACAGCGUUGAGGCUUGGCACAAGUGGCUGCGCGACGCGACGGACGAGAUUGCAGGCAAGGGUAGUCUAUUCUUGAAGCUGCAAAUCCCCGAUGGCGAUAAAGUACUCGCUGGAUGGGGGCAUGUCGAAUCGAGCCCAGCCGAGCGAGGUGCGGGCGCUGCCGCCGAGCAGCGCUCACAGCUCAUCGUGAACUGCAUGGAUCAACUAUGGGAACGGAUUGACACGCGCGAGGCCUAUUCUCGCCCCCCUUUAACCGCUGCUUCUAGUGGUGUCCUCGGCAGCUAUGGCCCGGGAGACUUAGAGAAGAACAUGGUGUGGUAUGGUCGUAUGGUCGAGCUGAAUGGGGAGCAAGCAACACCUUCUCGCUCGUUCACGAUGACAUGGGACGGCAAGCGGGUCCUCGAUGUCGAGGACGACAAAGACAACGACACUGAUAUGGACAGUGAUAGCGCGCGCGAUGCCUCGACUGAUGGAACAACGGCCGACGAGUCCUUGUGCACUCCGACCUCGUCGCCGAUGACGUCGUCGCCGAUGAGCUACAGAGGCCAUUCAGCCGCUGCGCGUACUCAAGAGGACGGAACCUUCGACCUUGGCGAAGAGGUCGAUGACACUGUCGAUCAGGCGUCAUCGGAACACGAUCACCUGAGAACCAAAUCACCUUCCUCCACUGUGUCAACCUGUCGCUCAAGCGUCGCGUAG